UGUGUGAUACCCAAAAGACUUUCUUUUAGUGCGAAGGCGGAAAGAUUGAUGGAAGUCUCUUGGCGCUGCAUGAUAAAAUUGCUUCUCUAGAUUCCAUCGCCUCCACCGAUUCGCUGUUUCCUUUGCUGAUUUUUCCUUCGGGAAAUGCAAAUUUGAUCUCCAACUGUUGCCCGCUGCUGAAAUCUGCCUCCAAGGUCGAAUGAUGGAAAAUAUGGUUGAUCUACCGCUGAGUGAUGAUCAAUGUUUUCUUCUCUCCUUCAUCAUGGGAACCUAUUUCGGGCCUGACCUUGAGCGAGAAAGACCCCAUAAGUCUGCUUUGCAGAGACACGCAGAGGGACUCCCUGAAUACCGUACUAACAACUUGGCUGUCUCGCAGAUGAAAACAUCGGUAAUGGAAAGUGUAUAUUACUAUAUAAUGAGAAAGGCAGAUGCAUCUGUUCGUGUGAAGCAAGAUUUGUUGCGCCCGUAUAUUCAUGGAAGUCUUCCGGUGUCAGUGAGGUGGCCUUCAACUUAUCCUCAGUUUGAGGAUCUAUUCCCUUCCAAAUUGCACUGGCAUUCCCGAUUCGGAAGCCAGCAAGAUACGAUUGGUAACAUAGUGUUCCUUAACAAUCCAGCGACUGAUUUCAUCAAGCCGGGGGACAUUGCUCGGUUUAAGAGGCUGACAGGAUUGGAUGAUUUUCUUCUAGAUAGGGGAAGUGCAAUGCAGUAUGCACUUGCGAAUAAUGGAAUUUUACAUGAUGUGAGAGUGCAAGAAAAAGUGGCAGAACAGGAGCCGAUCCAGCCUACCAAUGUUGAAUAUGUCAAUUGUGUUUCUUGCACCAGUACCUGCCCCGAUGGAAAUGAGAUACCUGAUUGUGUGAUGCCCGGUGGUAGCUCUCCGUGCAAUGCUGAGCCGAUAGCGUACUCCACCCAAACAUCGCAAGUGACUGCUAAUGGGGAUGAUCUCGAUCAGGGAACACUGUAUCUUCCAUCUUGCCCUUCUAAGGACGACUGGAGCAACCUUGUUCACUCUGUAAAAUGUGGGUUUGCACUGACUGGAAGUGCUGCAAGGGGACAAGUCGGACCUGUUCUAGGCCUGAUGGAUAUUGGUGAGUCGGAGGAUUCCUAUCUUUUCCGAGUUGCCCUCCCUGGCGUGCAACGAGAUGAAAGAGAUUUCAGCUGCGAAGUCGAGAGUGACGGAAGAGUGAUAAUCAAAGGAGUUACAGUGACAGGUGAAAGAACAGUUUGGAAACACUCCCAGACAUUCCAGAUGCUAUCUCACAAUCUUUGCCCACCGGGCCCCUUUUCAAUCACCUUCACUCUGCCUGGCCCUGUUGAUCCUCAACAAUUCCAUGGAACAUUCGCCGCCGACGGUAUUCUCGAGGGGGUAGCAUUUAAAGCCAGCAUAGAAACAACUUAGACCCCAACAAAUGGUCCGGCUUUGCACACUCCAGCUUGUGCUACUCUACUCACAACUCAAAUGACAGGUUAGAAUCGUCAAUCUUGUAACUUGUUGUUAUCAUGCUUUCGGUUAGAUGGUUUACCUUAAUGUUCGACACUGCUGCUAGUCUUUUCCUUCCCCGCAUCUUUAUACAUUUAACAGUGUUCGAAAAUUUGCAGUGGUAGGAUUGCUUGAAUUAUUGAACCUUGUUUGCUACUUGUAGUUUCAUCAUUUUUAACAUGGAUGGUGUUGUGGUUUUGUU